AUGGUGUCUGCGCUUCCUGGGGAGACGGCCAUCUCGGCCAAGCGGGCUGAGCUCGCUGGCAAAGGUGGAAUCUGGGGUUUGCUGAGCAAUAAGAAGACGUCAGCUAUUGGGCUGUUCGCGUCGUUGGGUGGUCUGGUAUAUGGAUGUGAGUUCAUGAAUGGCGAAGACAAAGUGAUACCAUUGGAGAAUGUCGAGACUGACAGCCGAGUAGACAACCAGGGCAUGUUCGCGCAGGUGUUGACGAUGACGUCUUUCAAGGCGGCGACCCAACAAUAUGCUGCGCAAACGGGCAUCAAGCAAGGCCUGUUGACUUCCAUUCUCGAGCUGGGUGCCUGGGUCGGCACAUUGUUUAACGGAUACCUCGCUGACGCCGCCGGUCGUCGCCUGACGGUCCUGAUCGCGGUGGUUGUGUUCUGUGUCGGUGUCAUUGUGCAGGCCUGCACUCAGAACAAGGACUAUGUCUUCGCUGGCCGGUUCGUCACGGGUUUGGGUGUCGGUAGUUUAAGUAUGAUUGUGCCAUUGUACAAUGCGGAACUGGCUCCGCCGGAGAUCCGGGGCUCGCUGGUUGCAGUCCAGCAACUGGCUAUCACAUUCGGUAUCAUGGUCAGCUUCUGGAUCGGCUAUGGAACCAACUAUAUCGGCGGUACUGGCGCCGGCCAGUCCGACGCAGCCUGGCUCGUUCCAAUCUGCAUCCAGAUCCUGCCGGCCGUUAUCCUUGCGGUGGGCAUGAUGAUGUUUAUGCCCCAGUCCCCGCGCCACUUGAUGAACACCGGCCGCGACGAAGAGUGUCUGCAGACGCUGGCGCGGCUGCGUAACACCUCUACCGAUGACCUGCUGGUGCGCAUCGAGUACCUCGAGAUCAAGAGCCUGCACCUGUUCGAGAAGGAGACCGCCGCCGAGAAGUACCCGCAGUGGCAGGAUGGCUCAUUCAAGAGCCGGUUCCAGAUCGGUCUGCAUGACUACAUGUCUCUCGUCACGAACCCGUCUCUCUUCAAGCGGACGAGCGUUGCGUGCAUGAUUAUGGUGUUUCAGCAAUGGAACGGUAUCAAUGCUAUCAACUAUUACGCUCCCUUCAUCUUCGAAGACAUGGAGCUGCCCGGUAACACGACAACCCUGCUUGCCACCGGUGUGGUCGGCAUUGUCGAGUUCCUGUUCACCAUCCCUGCCGUGCUGUGGGUCGACCAGAUCGGCCGCAAGAAGAUCCUGAUUGCAGGCGCGGCCGGCAUGGCGAUCUGCCACUUCAUCGUGGCGGGUAUCAUCGGCGCAUACCAGGGCGAGUUCGGCAGCCACCGCGCCGCCGGCUGGACGGCCAUUGUGUUUGUGUGGAUCUUCGUGAUUAACUUUGCCUAUUCGUGGGGUCCCGUGGCCUGGAUUCUGAACAACUUCGCCGUCGCCACCGCCACCUCGCCCUUCCUGUCGAGUAGCGCGCUGGGUGCGUUCAUCUUCUUCGGCUGCGUUACCACCAUUGGCAUCUUCUACGUGAUCUUCAUGGUCCCGGAAACACGUGGCCGGACCCUGGAAGAGAUGGAUGAGCUGUUUGGCACCAGCGGUAUGGCGGCCGCGGACGCUGCUCGCAAGGAGCGCAUUGAGCGGGAGAUUGGCCUGCUGGCGCUGGUCGGAGUUGAGAGCGCGGACGAGAAAACCGGGCUUGAGGAGGCCACGCACAGCGAGAACACGUCUGUGCAUAAACCUGCUGCCUUGGAAUAA